UUAGGCCAAUCGGUCCUCCUCUCUCUCUCUCUCUCUUUUUCUCAGUGUGUUUCUCCCACUCUGAGACAGAGUCAGAACUCCUCUCACUGACAGUCACAGACAUCUAUAGCACUUACUGAAUUCAGAGAAGGACCCUCCAGACAAAACUUCACAGAAAACUUUUUGUUCUUCCAGAGCAUUUGCUGAAGAGGAAGAAAGGAAGCAUAAAGACAACAAAACAAAAUAAACUGUGCGUGAAGUGGUGUUGGGAGAAGAAAAGCAGUGCCUUUUUAAAAGGGAAUCACAACAACUUUUGCUGCCAGGAUGCCUUUGGUUCUGAAGAGAGGAUUUUUCUUGGUGCUUUGCUGGAUUAUAGUGAGGAGUUCUCCUACCCCAGGAUCUGAGGGGCACAGCUCAGUCACCGAUUGCCCAUCAUGUGCCCUCUCCACACUCUCCAAGGAUGUGCCCAGCUCCCAGCCUGAGAUGGUAGAAGCAGUAAAGAAGCACAUCCUAAACAUGUUGCACUUGCGGGACAGACCGAACAUCACUCAGCCGGUACCCAAAGCUGCACUUUUAAAUGCUAUCAAGAAACUCCAUGUGGGAAAAGUAAGAGAGGAUGGCAAUGUGGAAAUAGAGGAUGACAUUGGAAGAAGAACAGAAAUGAAUGAACUUGUGGAGCAAACUUCGGAGAUCAUAACAUUUGCAGAAUCAGGUCCUGCCAAGAAAAUGCUUCAUUUUGAAAUUUCUAAGGAAGGCAGUGAAUUAUCAGUGGUGGCCCAAGCUGAUGUGUGGCUCUUCCUCAAAGUCUCUAAAGCUAAUCGGACCAGGACAAAAGUGACCAUAAGGCUAUAUCAACAGCAGAAACUGCCGAAGCGAAACUCCCAAGGUAUGGAAGAGGAUACCAAUCUGAAGGGAGAAAAAGGUGAAAUUCUUAUCUCUGAAAAGGCAGUAGACACUCGUAAAAGUACCUGGCACAUUUUCCCAGUCUCCAGCAGUGUUCAGCGACUCCUUGAUCAAGGAAAGAAUUCUAUGGAUGUUCGGAUUGCUUGUGAUCAGUGUCAAGAAACUGGAGCCAGCCUGGUGCUGCUGGGAAAGAGGAAAAAGAAAGAGGAAGAUGUAGAAGGGAAAGAAAAGGAUGGUAGUGAAAGCCCAGGAGAAGAGGAGAAAGAACAAUCACAUAGGCCAUUCCUAAUGAUGCUCGCCAGACAUUCAGAAGAUCGUCUGCACAGACGGCGGAGGAGAGGUCUUGAGUGUGAUGGCAAAGUCAACAUCUGCUGCAAAAAGCACUUCUUUGUGAGCUUCAAAGACAUUGGCUGGAAUGACUGGAUCAUUGCCCCACCAGGCUACCAUGCUAACUACUGUGAAGGAGACUGCCCUAGCCAUAUUGCGGGUACCUCUGGCUCAACUCUUUCUUUCCACUCCACUGUUAUCAACCACUACCGCAUGAGAGGCCACAGCCCUUUCUCCAACCUCAAGUCAUGUUGUGUACCGACCAAGCUGAGGCCCAUGUCCAUGCUAUAUUAUGACGAUGGGCAGAACAUAAUAAAAAAGGACAUUCAGAACAUGAUUGUGGAGGAAUGUGGCUGUUCAUAGGUGUGUCUGCAUGUUACACACCCACAUUCAUUUGGGACUUCCUUUUUACAAGUUUUAAGAAGAUGGUUUAAAAUUCAGCUUAAGAGGAAAAACCUAGUAUUUCUAAACAAAACAACUGAAUUUCUAAAAUCAAUGCAUCCAAUAUUCAUAUUAGUGACAAACAAAGGAAAGAAGAAUGACAUUCACCAGGGCUUGAACGAAAACUUUCAAAAAGUGUCAGCAUGGGCAUUUUCUAUCUUGUCUGCUCCAUACUUAUUGCAUAGCAUUUUCACAUGUUUCAACCAUAUGAGGAGGUAUGUCUUCCUCCGCUACCUUACCUAUGCAUUCAAGUCCUAACAGAAGCACACCUAAUAUGUUAAAAUGCCACAAUUUGGAUGCUAAGUCCAAAAUGGUAUUAAAAUCCCCAGAGAAGCCAUGUGUAUGAACACUACAUUCACUGGCACUUUUACUCUUGUCAGUUUA